UUGACGCAUUGUUGCCUUCCCUGGACGUCGAUUUCGAGUGCGGAGUAUAUGACCACGAAGGCUGGAACGACGAAUGGCCCUGGAGCGUAGCAAUUUUCCACCGGAAUCCGAGCACUGGUGCUUCCACACUAACAUGCAGCGGUACCCUGAUCAGCCUGAAACACGUUCUGACAACGGCCGAGUGUGUCGUGAAUCGCACCACCGGGAUACCGUUGCCCGAGGAAGCAUUUGAACUGCACUUUGGCCUGUACCACUUGGAUCAACGGAAUGUGAAUGAGCAAGUACGAUACGCCAGCGAAGUUCACGUCCACCCGGAGCAUUCCGUUAACAACGUAGCGAUACUGGUCACCAACUGGACAGUUAGGAGUCCACCCUAUGUGUCGCAAAUCUGUAUCGUUCCAGAGAACAACGCGGACUUCUGGAACUUGGAGGGUAAACGGGUCUACGUCACUGGGUGGCAAACUGUGGAAACCGGCAAUCCCAACAAUGAUCACCAGUCUUGGAGCAUCCAUAUCCUAGGUCGAGAAGCGUGUGACGAAGUCUCUUUGAGUCUACUGGGGAAUCAGUCAACUCCGGGGCAAUACUGUUCGGACUAUCCUUAUGAAGACGAUUUGAGCAUUGCUGAUCGCGGAUCAGGACUAUACCAUAGGUAUCUGGAAGGUCCUUUGCUUGGAAUUUGGGUUUUGGCCGGCAUGGUUUCAUCAGAAGUGAAAGGUAAUGAUACCGAUAGGUACACUAUGAUUGUCAGUCUGCAGCCGUACAUCAAGUGGAUCGACGGAAUCCUUACCGAUAGGAAAACUCGAAGAAUUAGCGAAAGAGAGUGCGAUCGUUUCAACAGUAUGUCCCAAAAAGCCAGCGGAGUUUGUGAAAAUGCUGGGAGCACUAUCGAUGGAAAUCCACCCCAUGUUGUCAAACUCCUGAACGAAGAUCGAAAAUUCGUUUGCCUUGGAGUACUUGUGGAGGAAAGUCACAUAUUGACCUCUUGUCAAUGCACACGGCAUCCACAUAGACCGACAAAAGCUGAAAUGAGCAAUCACAGCGUAUUGGAUGUUUCAGGAAUAAUCUGUCAUCCAGACAAUAAUCCUGAAAACUUUUAUAGUGAUGUGGCUGUGCUAAAACUGGCAACACCAAUUCAAGUUACCAGUCAACUGAUCCCGGCUUGUUUGGCCAACGCUCGGACGGAAAAACUCAAAGACGCCAUGCUGCAAACCUUGCUCGUAAGGAGCUUAGAUUCGAAAAAACCCUCUCCACAAUCCAAGUACGAGUACAUCGGUACAGAAGAAGAAUGCGACAAAAUACUGCCCCCUCAUUACAAGGACCAGUUCUUCACACCGAACCAGGCUUGUGUGAUCAGCCCCCGAUUGGAAGCGGACCAAUUCAAUGGCAGUAUUGUGCAGUCUGUAGACAGUCGCGCUUGCAGUUUCACAGUGGUUGGCAUUGGAAGCAGCGCGGUGGACAACUCGGACCUCGGUUCGAUUCCGAACAUUGGCAUUGUCAAUCGUGUUGCCCUCGCUCUGGAUUGGAUCGAGGAGGUUGUCUGGGAAGAAGAGUUCCCGACUCGGCCAAACUGGACGUUGGUAGAGAAAGUGACAUCUGGCGCUGCUGCUGGAAGGUCAUACGACCCAUUAGAGCAUUUAUAUAUCGUAGUAUCUCCACUUUUAUUGAUCAAUUGUUUGCUUAUCUUUUAGUCACUUUUUUAUGAAAAAGAUAUAUUGUUCAU